CUCAAGGGAAUAUAAAUACGGGUACAGAUCUACUCCAAAAGCCAUCAGUCAGAUAACCUCGUUGGAGUUCUGUCUGCAGGAUCCUUUAGUGUUUGGAAUCGAGACUCCAGGACCUCCAGAGCCAUGAAGCUUUUUGUCGGCCUUUUCAUUGUUCAUGUCUUGUUGACCAAGUCCUUGGCCUUCCCUUGCGAUGAACCAAGUCCAUCAAGUCAGUCGAGUGGGUGGCCAGGAGGAUGGUUCCCAGGAGGUUGGAAUCCAUUCCCGACAUCAGGAGGUUGUGGCUGCGAAACCACCACACCACCAUGUGGAUGUGGCUGCGAGACCACCACACCAGCCUGCGGAUGCGGUAGUGAACCCCAAUGGCCAGGAGGUUGGUUCCCAGGAGGUUGGAAUCCAUGGCCAACAUCAGGAGGUUGUGGUUGCGAAACCACCCCACCUCCGUGUGGAUGUGCCACCAAAACCACCCCACCGCCAUGCGGAUGUGCCACCAAAACCACCACACCAGAUUGCGGAUGUGCCACCAAAACCACCACACCAGAGUGCGGAUACAACAAAACAACCCCAGCCUCUACAACAAAACCCACCACUCCAAAACCCAAUACUCCAAAACCCACCACUUCAAAACCAACGCAACACUCGACCACAAAAACUACUAAACGCACUACUGAGGGACCACCAUCAUGCAGUUCUACACAAAAGAUACCCACCACACCAAAAUCAACUCCAAAAUCAACCACGCCUAGAGUGCCUACAAGGACAUCCAGCACCGAAAGGCCAACGAAGUCCACCACUAGACCAAGGACUAGUACAACAGAAAUACCCUGCACUGAAAGGCCAACGAAACCCACCACUCCAAAACCCACCACUUCCAAACCAACUCAACACUCCACAACAAAAACUACUAAACGCACUACUGAGGGACCACCAUCAUGCAGUUCUACACAAAAGAUACCCACCACACCGAAAUCAACUCCAAAAUCAACCACACCUAGAGUGCCUACAAGGACAUCCACCACCGAAAUACCCUGCACUGAAAGACCAACGAAACCCACCACUCCAAAACCCACCACUCCAAAACCCACCACUUCAAAACCAACUCAACACUCCACAACAAAAAUCACAAAACGCACUACUGAAGCUCCACCAUCAUGCAGUUCUACACAAAAGAUACCCACCACUCCGAAAUCAACCACACCUAGAGUGCCUACAAGGACAUCCACCACCGAAAAGCCAACGAAGUCCACCACUAGACCAAGGACUAGUACAACAGAAAUACCCUGCACUGAAAGACCAACGAAACCCACCACUCCAAAACCCACCACUCCAAAACCCACCACUUCAAAACCAACUCAACACUCCACAACAAAAACUACUAAACGCACUACUGAGGGACCACCAACAUGCAGUUCUACACAAAAGAUACCCACCACACCGAAAUCAACUCCAAAAUCAACUACGCCUAGAGUGCCUACAAGGACAUCCAGCACUGAAAGACCAACGAAACCCACCACUCCAAAGCCCACCACUACGAAACCUACCACUUCGAAACCCACCACUACGAAAUCCACCACUAAGAAACCCAGAACUACGAAACCCACCACUACGAAAUCCACCACUAAGAAACCCAGAACUACGAAACCCACCACUAAGAAACCCACCACUCCGAAACACACCACACCGGAACCCACCACUCCGGAGCCCACCACUGAGCCUACUUGUGGCUGCAAGAAAUGUGGACCUGGUGGUCCCACUUGCCCUGGGUGUGAAAGUCAUGACAAUUUGUGUGAAGACUUGAUAAGUUCCUUGAGGCAUUUGAAGGAUAAAAUCAAAAAGUGCGUCUGUGGUGAACCCGAAUGGGCUUAAAAGUCCAUGUAUGCCUAACGGUAUAAAUGCCUCCUAAAUAUAGUUGUUGAAUUGUUUUUUUUUCAGCUUUCGUUUUUUUGAAUUCUUUUUUUUUUGUUAAAUAUAUUUUUUGUUGCAUUUGAAA